AUGUCCAGUUUCCUUGAUUUAGUCGGUCCUUGGAUCCCUCAAACUCCAGGAAUCCUUCCAAAAUGGUUAUUAUUCAUCUCAAUUGUCUCCGUCUUUAAUUCAGCUCAAACUUACUUCUCAGGCUUGGAAUUAACAAGAAGAGUAUAUGAAAACAAACCUUUAGAAACUACAAACUUAUCAGCUCGUACUUUUGGUACUUGGACUUUUGUCUCUGCUGUUAUUAGAUUUUAUGGUGCUUAUUAUUUAACAAAUCCUCAAGUUUAUCAAAUUACUUUAGCUUCAUACUUAAUUGCAUUUUUCCAUUUUAAUUCUGAAUGGUUGAUUUUCAAAACUGCUAAAUUUGGUAAAGGUUUAUUAGGUCCUUUAAUUGUGGCUACUUCAACUAUUGUUUGGAUGACUUUACAAAAAGAUUACUACAUGGGUUUAGCUUAG